AUGAAGCCUUCAUUACUAGUCUUCGCUCCUAAAGGAGACACCGAUAUCGCUCUACGAAAGCCCAAUUUCCGCAGCCACAAAGAACCGCUGCCUGAAGCCUCUGAUUCGGAAGCCGCUGAGGAAGAGCAUGAGGAGGACGAGAAAGGCAAGGAUAAAGCGCAAGAUGACCAAAAACAGCUCAAACGACCUGCUUGGGGGUAUUACAAGGACGUCACAUCUUCUAUACAGAGCCUCGAUGACCUAAGGAACCUGAAACCAUCCUACGACGGGCAAAAUGUCGAACUGUGCUACCGCGUUUCAUCAGCACACCUGAUUCUUGCGUCACCCGUAUUCAAGGCAAUGCUCGAUGGCCCAUUCAAAGAGAGCUCUCAUAAUAAGGAUGGUCGCUUUGAAGUCAAGACUUCUGAGUGCAGCGCCGAAGCGCUGCUUAUCUUACUAGAUAUUAUGCAUGGGCACCACAGAGAUGUCCCAAAGACCAUAGAGUUCAGUCUAUUAACGGAAAUGGCUAUACUUGUCGACUAUUACGAGUGCCAUGAGAUCGUGGAGAUGUUUGCGGAGAACUGGAUCGCCUCUGUUAUCCUGGAAGAUGACAUAGAAGAAUCUGAUUACCAGACGAAUAUGUCUCGACUAUUCAUCAGCUGGGUCUUUGGGAAGAUCGAGUUGUUCAACUCUGUUGUUUAUUCAAUUAUUAAAUUGACCGCCAGGCCGAUACGAACAGACCUGCCUCUCCCUAGUACCAUUUUGGACUCGCUGGAACAACGCCGACAGAGUUUCACGCAACAGUUUCUGGAUAAAAUUUACGAGCUACUCGAUUCGUUUUGGAGCAGUGACGGAGGCUAUGCUCAGCUUCGGUUUGGAGGUCCCUCGCCCCGUGAGCGGCCGUCCUAG